AAACGGGCUGCCUCUGGACGGCCUCCGGAGUGCUCAAACCCCGCGCCCGCUCCUCAGGCGGCGUGGAAGGCGAGUCUGCGGGAGUGAGGAGUUGUCGGGGUCGCAGGGGGAACACGCACGGCGGGCGGCGAGGAUGGCGCGAGGAAGAGGACCCGAGAGAGGAGACCCGAAAAUAACCUGGCCGCGGCUCGGGAGGCGCCGAGAAGCCCACGUGCGGCCGUGGUCCCCUCCAAGACACCACAUUGCAGCUGUUGUCACAUCUUAGAUUCAUCAUGCUUGCAGUGGCUUCACAGACUUCAGUUUCAAUGACUUCAACAAUUCCCAAGCUAAAGAGAAAGCAUCCUCAGUUGGAAGACUAAUCACACAUCGUGAAGUCAAGGUUCAGUCUCCAGAUCAGCUGCUUCCGUGUCUCCCAGUCCACCCUGAAUCGCCGGUUGCUCUCUCCAGUGUGGUCAGCCCCCACCUGAAACAAAGAAAGCCGUUCCUAUCAGAUUCUGUGUCUUCAGUGGAAGAAAUCCCAAGAUGAGCAGUCAAGCCCAGAGGUCUGACGCCAUGGCCCACGGUUCGGUGACAUUUUCAGAUGUGGCCAUAGACUUCUCUCAGGAGGAGUGGGCCUGUCUGACCUCUGCCCAGAGGGACCUGUACUGGGAUGUCAUGUUGGAGAACUACAGCACCCUGGUCUCACUGAAUUUGGAAUCAUCCUAUGAGGCUAAGAGUUUAGCUAUACAGAAGAGUAUUUACAAAAUGAAUCUUCACAAAAGGAAUUCAGGUAGCAAAAGUAAGUCUCAUCCCCCGAACAGGAUGCCUGAAGGUGAGUCUGAAGUCCCACAGGGCUCUCAAGAGAGAAAUCGCAGUCGAGUAAAAGUCAACUCGAGAAAGGCGCCUGCCAGCAGAGACCGCACCCCUCCGAGACCCCACGCCCGGCCGCACAGCAAGGAGAGCUCCUACGAGUGUAAGGAGUGCGGCAAGGCCUUCAGCCGCGGCUACCAGCUCAGUCAGCACCAGAAGAUCCACACGGGCGAGAAGCCCUACGAGUGCAAGGAGUGUAAGAAGGCCUUCCGCUGGGGUAACCAGCUCACUCAGCACCAGAAGAUCCACACCGGGGAGAAGCCCUACGAGUGUAAGGAUUGCGGCAAGGCCUUCCGCUGGGGCUCCAGCCUCGUCAUCCACAAGAGGAUCCACACUGGGGAGAAGCCCUACAAGUGCAAGGAUUGCGGCAAGGCCUUCAGGCGCGGCGAUGAGCUCACUCAGCACCAGCGGUUUCACACCGGGGAGAAAGACUACGAGUGCAAAGACUGUGGGAAGACCUUCAGCCGUCUGUACAAGCUCAUCCAGCACAAGAGGAUCCACAGCGGGGAGAAGCCCUACGAGUGCAAGGAUUGCGGCAAGGCCUUCAUCUGCGGCUCCAGCCUCAUCCAGCACAAGAGGAUCCACACGGGCGAGAAGCCCUAUGAAUGCCAAGAGUGUGGGAAGGCCUUCACGCGGGUCAACUACCUCACUCAGCACCAGAAGAUCCACACUGGGGAGAAGCCUCACGAGUGCCGGGAAUGUGGGAAGGCCUUCCGCUGGGGCUCGAGUCUCGUGAAGCACGAGAGAAUCCACACAGGUGAGAAGCCCUACAAGUGCACCGAGUGCGGGAAGGCCUUCAACUGCGGCUACCACCUCACUCAGCAUGAGAGAAUCCACACCGGUGAGACGCCUUACAAGUGUAAGGAGUGUGGGAAGGCCUUCAUUUAUGGGUCAAGCCUUGUCAAACACGAGCGAAUUCAUACAGGAGAGAAACCCUAUAAGUGUGAGGAGUGUGGGAAGGCCUUUAGUCACGGCCAUCAGCUCACACAGCAUCAGAAAACACAUAUUGCAAAGUCGUACACAUGUAAGGAUUGUGGAAAGGUAUUCAACCAUGCGAACCAUCUUAGAGAGCAUCAGAAGACACAUAACAGCUGAAACCUCCCGACACACACGACACACCAAGGCCUCCCUCCUGCAUUCACUCCUUCCUCAACAUGAGGGAGACCCAUGAUUUAAUUUAACAUCAGAAAGCCUUCACUGGUCAUCCUUCUAAUUACAGAGCAUCACAAGUCACACUAGAGGCCAACUUGGAGAGUUGGAGAAGUCACUUUCCUUGAUGAGUAUGACUGCUCAGUCAUUUUUACUGGACAGGUUCGCUGAGCAAAUGCACAGAGCUUGCCAAUACCAUUCCAUCUUUUUUAUGUUUGAGGUUCAUUCUAGGAACAACUCUGCUGAUGUAACGUGAGGAGGCCAUCAGCCGUGACCCGUCCCCUGCCAGUUAUCACCAUCCACCUCUACCCCCAGUGAGACACACAGCACUCUGCUCAUUGCCUGUGCAUUACAGAUGCUCCUUGGCACACAGUGGGGUCGUAUCCCAACAAACCCACCCUACUUGAAAAGACAUUCACAACUGCAUUUAAUACACCUGACUCAGCAAACAUCGUAGGUCAGCCCAGCCUACCUGAAAUGUGCCCAGAACACUCCCAUUAGCCUAAGUUGGGCAAAAUCAUCUAACACCAAGGGUAUUCAAUAACAGUGGUGAAUGUCUCACCUAACUUACUAAAUAUUAUAUAGAAAGUGAAAAUCAAUGGUUCUAUUGGGCACACUUUCCACCAUUGGGAAGCUCUAAUAUAGUGAUUCUUUUGGGCACACUUUCCACCACUGGUAAGUUCUAAAAUCAGUGGUUCUCUUGGGCACACUUCCCACCAUUGGGAAGCGCUAAAAUCAGAGGCCGUAUUGGGUAGCUUUCCGCCAUCGUGAAGUUCUAAAUCAGUGGUUCUACUGGGUACGCUUUCCGCCAUCGUGAAGUUCUAAAUCAGUGGU